CGGUGCCGCGCAGGAGCGGCGGCGGAACGCGAUGGAGGGCGGCGGCAGCGGCGCCUACGGGGCGGCGAAGGCUGGCGGCGCCUUCGACCUGGUCCGUUUCGUACAGCAGCCGCAGGUGCUGGCGCGGAUCGUCAGUGCGAUCUUCGCCCUGAUCGUGUUCGCCUGCCUGGUCGGGGAUGGCUACAUCAGCACGCCCGAGGACUCCCAUCUCUUCUGCGUCUUCAACCACAAUGAGGACGCCUGUCGCUACGGCAUCGGCAUCGGCGUCCUCGCCUUCCUCGCCUGCAUCUUCUUCUUCAUGGUGGACGUCUACUUCCCCCAGAUCAGCAACGCCACCGACCGCAAGUACUUGGUCCUGGCCGACCUCGGCUUCUCAGGUCUCUGGACCUUCCUGUGGUUCAUCGGGUUCUGCUUCUUGACCAACCAGUGGUCCUGGACAUGGACUGAGCAGGUGUACAUCGUGGCAGACUCUGCCCGUGCUGCCAUCACCUUCAGUUUCUUCUCCAUCUUCUCCUGGGGCCUCCUGCUGACCUUCGCUUACAAGAGGUACAAAAUGGGGGUGGAGGACUUUGCUCAAAGCUAUGUCGACCCCACCCCAGAGGUUUCGACUCCCUACUCCAGCUACCCCAACAUCAGCCAUGAGAGCUACCAGCAGCCGCCCUUCACCCACACGGCAGAGGCCCCGGAGGGGUACCAGCCCCCCCCGGUGUACUGAGCCCCGGCUGGUGCCUGCGGGUGGCUGUACCAGUGCAAUUCCUUCUGUGG